AUGAGUAGCGAGCUUCAUCAACAACUAACCGCUCCGAAUGGAGUCACCUACAACCAACCAUUGGGCCUUUUCAUCAACAAUGAAUGGCACCGAUCCAAGGCAAACGAGUUCAUUUCGGUUGUGAGCCCAAUUGAUGAAAAUGAGAUCGUCAAAGUCCAUGCCGGUGGCGAGGAAGAUAUUGACGAUGCCGUUAAGGCAGCUCGGGCAGCGCUCAAAGGCCCUUGGUCACAUCAGUCUGGAACAGAGAGAGGUGAAAUGAUGCGUAAGCUCGCUGACCUCCUUGACGCUGCUACAAACGACCUCGCCACCAUUGACACCUGGAACAACGGCAAAAGGUUUUCGUCUGCACAAGGAGAUGUUGGUGAGCUGACAGGCGUGCUUCGGUAUUACGCGGGAUUUGCAGAUAAACAGUACGGGCAAGUGAUUAGCACAACGGAGAAGAAGUUUGCUUAUACCACAGUUGGACCGAUUGGUGUUUGCGGCCAGAUUAUUCCUUGGAACUAUCCUUUAGGAAUGGCUGGAUGGAAGAUCGCCCCAGCCCUUGCCGCUGGUAACUGUGUGGUACUCAAGCCAGCUGAGCAGACGCCUCUGUCUAUCCUCUUCUUUGCAGAAAUCGCUAGAAAAGCAGGAUUUCCGCCUGGCGUGAUCAAUAUUGUCAACGGCUAUGGAAGUAAGGCUGGUGCAGCCUUAGCAGCUCAUAUGGAUGUUGACAAGAUUGCCUUUACUGGAUCCACAGCGACUGGACGUGAGGUGGCAAGGCUUGCAGCGAACAACUUGAAGGAGAUUACAAUUGAGUCUGGAGGGAAGUCCCCGUUGCUCGUUUUCGAGGAUGCAGAUUUGGACCAAGCUGCUAAAUGGAGCCACUAUGGUAUCAUGGCCAACCAAGGCCAGAUCUGUACUGCAACAAGCCGAAUCUUGGUACACGAAAAGGUGUAUCAACAGUUCAUUGACCUGUUCAAGGAGAGAGUCAAGUCUUGCAAGAUCGGCAAUCCCUUUGAUAGCGAUACCUUCCAGGGGCCGCAGGUCUCAAAGGCGCAAUACGAAAGAGUGCUAUCGUUCAUCGAUAGCGGUAAAGCUGAAGGGGCUACUGUUGCUCUUGGCGGUCAGCCAACUGCAGUCAAUGGCAAGGGUUUCUUUAUCGAGCCUACUCUCUUCACCGAUGCUUCGGAUGAUAUGAAGAUAUACCGUGAGGAGAUCUUCGGCCCUGUUGCCAUCAUCAGCCCAUUCAAAACGGAAGAUGAAGCAGUGAGCCGGGCUAACGAUACGAUUUAUGGAUUGGGUGCGGCCAUCUUCACGCAAGACAUCACCCGAGCACAUCUUAUCGCGAAUAAGAUCGAGGCAGGAAGUAAGUCACACCCCCUGGUGUGGAUUAACAGUAGCAAUGACUCUGACUUCCGUAUUCCUUUUGGAGGUGUCAAGCAGUCUGGUAUCGGUCGUGAGUUGGGAGAGGAAGGCAUCCGUGCAUACACGAGCAGGCGGUCGGUUCACGUGAAUGUUGGAAACGUCUUAUAG